AUGGUCGAGGUCAGCGGAUAUGGAAACCUACAGGCGGUCCUGAACAAUGUCUAUAAACAAUAUGCUGAGUCCAAUCCGCGGUCCUUAGAUGCAUACAAUCGCAGCUGCGAGGUCAUGCCAGGCGCCAACACCCGCACGUCUAUUCAUGCAUCACCUUUCCCACUUACGAUCGAACGCGGCCAGUCAGCCUACUUGUUCGACGUCGAUGGUCAUGAGUAUCUGGACUUCUUGGGAGAGUUCUCCGCUGGUGUUUACGGACACAGUUCACCGGUGAUCAAAAAGGCCAUUAUAGAAGCAAUAGAAAAGGGCUGGAAUUUUGGAACCAAAAACAUGUUUGAGGAUCAGCUGGCCAGGUCCCUUGUGCAGCGCUUCAGUAACAGUAUGGAAUUGAUCCGGUUCUGCAAUUCGGGAACGGAGGCGAACAUGAUGGCUUUGGGGGCGGCGAUCAAUUUCACAGGCAAGAAAAAGAUCCUGGUGUUUUCUAACGGAUACCACGGCAGCACCAUUCUGUUCCUGAAUGGAUCGCUCAAGCACACUAUGAACCCCCCCUACGAAUUUGUCAUCGCUCCAUACAACGAUAUUGCAGGGACAGACUCUCUCGUCAAAGCAAUUCCUCCCAACUCUCUCGCAGCCAUCCUCGUUGAGCCUAUGCAAGUCUCUGGGGGCUGUAUCCCUGGCACCGUCGAUUUCCUUCGGCACCUGCGUGAGUUGGCAACCACCGAGAAGGCACUUCUCAUUUUCGACGAGAUCAUGACAUCGCGACUAGACUACGGCGGUCUCCAGGUCACGCUCGGCAUCAAGCCCGACAUCACCACAAUCGGCAAAUGGGCCGGUGGAGGCAUGAGUUUUGGAGCCUUCGGUGCGCGAGGGGAAAUCAUGGAAUGGUUCGACCCACGCAGCGAGAAGCUCGCCCACGCCGGAACAUUCAACAAUAACAUCAUCACCAUGGCGGCCGGAGUUGCAGGGAACGCGAUCAUGACCAAGGAAAGGCUCACCGAACUGAACGCCUUGGGGAGCAACUUGAUGGCAGCUAUCGCUAAAACUAUCGAAGCAGGACUGUCCGUCCCAAAUGGCUCAAAGACGCAGCCUAAAAUGUUUGUCACCGGGCGUGGGAGCCUCUUUGCCAUUCGUUUCAGCGGGCCCGAGAGUGGGAUCCUGCGCGAGCUGUUCUACCACCAUCUUCUCACCAACGGCAUCUUCAUUGCGUCGAGAGGGUUCCUGGCCUUGACUCUCGAAAUCACUGAGGCACACUGCACACGCAUGCUCCGGGUAAUUGAAGAGUUUAUAGCCAAGUACGGAUCGGCACUGUUGUAG